AUCGCUCGUUGGAAAUUUCAGUGACGCGCGUUUCGGGGUGAUUUCAAAAUAUUCGACGUUUAAGUAACUAAAUUAAGAUUUUGAUGCAUAACGUAAACAAAAGGCGACUUGUAUGAAAUUUUGAAUGCACCAACGUACGCAUAGAAAAAGUGCUUCAAAAAUAAGGAAAGUAGUGAAUAGUGAAGGCGGCAGUGUUGGGAAAUUAUUGCAUUUGAAAUCACUUGGAAAUAAAUUAACAUAGUGUAGAUAUAGAUACAUAGAUAUGUAUGUGCGUGUAAAAAAGUGAAGUGAGAGCGAAAGAAUUUCGAAUUUCAUUUUGUUGCAAAAAGUACCUAUUGAAAGUACGAAAAUUUAUGUGAAAAGAAGUUUUUUUUUGUAACUCGAAAAUUGCAAUCAUGCGGAAUAUGGGACGUCUAUUUCAAUACAAUCGCUUUGGCUCGAAUGACCAAACUGUGGAGGAGGGUAGAAAGGGUGCACAUGGACAAGGCUGCGUGAAAAAUAAAGAGCAAUUUGCCGCAAAUUGUCCAGCGUACGCUGAAUUGUAUCCGCAGGCUUACGCUUGCAAUAGUACGAGUAUUGAGACCACAGCGACGCCUACACUUGCCGCCACAGCAACAGCACUUCCCGCACCAGCAAUGGCUGCAACAGCGACAACGAUGACAAGUCGCAGCAUAGACUUGGCCUUGCGCAAGUAUCAACAAUGGAGCAGCAAGUUUCUACCAGCCAACAGCAACAGCACAAUGCCAGUGCCAGCAAUGGCUGUCGACGCAACAAACAAAGGGACAGCAGUAACAACAACACCAACAAUGCCGGUAGUUGCAACAAAUGCCGACUGUGUCACCACUCACUUGUCAACGUCUUCAUCACACAAAUCCAAUUCCUGCUCCUACUCGGCCAACACUACCACUGCCACUUCAGGCUACUACAGCCGUCUGACGACAAUGAUUGGCAACGCGUCGGAGGUAGAGCGGUCGCGUGAGAUGGGAGAGGAGGAGGGGCAGCAGCAAUUGUGGAGCGCUGACGGAGAUCGAGAGUUGCUCGUUAGUGCUAACAAAAGGCCGAAAGUGUAUGAUUGCAUGAAGGAAUUUUUGUGUCGAAAACUCUUUCAACAGCGACAUGGACAACAAGAACAGCAGCAGCGCCGCCAGCAACAGCAACAAUCAGCGCUAUUGGAGGCUGCACAUUGCAAAAGCGACACCGAGGAGGAUGUCACUAGUGAUUAUGAUGAGGUUGACAUGCUGGAUUCCUCGUACAACGCCGACGAGGAGGAUGCCAGUGAUUGCAGUAGCCAAUGUACUUGCCCAUUAGAAAGCGACAACGAAGACAUAGAAUCGCGGCGGAAAGUUGCGCUAAUAGAGCAACAACCACAACUGGCGAAACAACAACAGCAACAACGUAGUACACCACAAAAAUCGAUUAGUCCGCAAAAAUCAAUGCUCUCGUUAAAUUGCUGGCAAAACAGCACACAAUACACCGACUCCACCACCAGCACAGAAGCAGAAGAGGAGGACGAGGAGGAGGAAGAGACCAAUGCGCAGCUGGCGCAUAAAGUCGCUGAUUACCAAAAUAUCGCAGAUGAUUCGGAUGCUGGCAUCUCGGAUUGUUGUCAGUUGAUAAGCGAAAAAUCAAGUCCUUCGAAGCAACGCGUGCGACAACCGAAACCGAAACAAAAACAACAAUCGCAAGCGCGCUACAACCGCAACAACAACGCUGAUGAUGACGAGGAGUUGCUCGCAAGCAAUUGGUAUCAGCCGCGCAUUACCACCAAAGCUGCGCUUGAACGCCUUCAGCAGGCCACACCCGGCACAUUUCUACUGCGCCGUAAAUCGCGUAGCUACGAGCUAUGCCUGCGCGCCGAAACGAAGGUGAAGCAAUUCGCAGUCGUGGCGCUGGCGGACAAUCAUUACAAAUUGAAAGGCGCCAAGAAGCAAUUCACAUCGCUGAAGGCAUUGGUCACGCAUCAUUCCGUUAUGGCGGAAGAAUUGCCGUUGACUUUGGCGCUGCCGCGCGUAUACAACAGAGCGUACGGUGUGAGCGGCAAGUGCGCGAAAAACAUGGCAGCAGCAUUGGAAGUGAGCGCACAAACGUGGAGAUCCUUGCGUUACGCUGACGAUUUCGAUACGUAUGAGUCCUUGCAAAUUUUGGGUUUAUUGCAAGACUGGCAAAGCGAAACCAAUGAAUUCUGAAGACGAGUUUUCGAAGUCUAAAUGGGUAAAGCUGCGGAAGUGCAUGAGUGCAGAGUUUUGCGAAGGCAUUACGCGCUUGAUGGCCGAAAGAAAGUUGGGCAAAAGUUUGCGAAAUAGAAUUUGAAUAUUUUGAAUAUAUGUAGAAGAGAAAUGCGGUUAUUAUUAAAAAAGGCAUCAGACUGCUGCAAAUGGAUAAUGCUCUAAGAAAUGCGGUGUGGUGAUUGGACUCAACGUUGUACAGCAGCGAUUUUUUGUUUAGAUUUAAGCGUUCGUGUUAUUAAAUUCAUAAGUAGCAUAGCAAUCGAGAAUGUAGAUUUAAUAUAAGAAAACAAAUAGAAAAAAAACUAAAUAAUUGCCAAUAUUGGAGAAAUAAUAU